UCUCGGACGCGACGAGGGUUUCCGUGGCCGACUCGUAAUUCCUCGUCCUCCUCCCCUCUUUUGCCAUCGCCGCCGAUCUUUCCUUCUCCGCCGACCGGCUUCCCUUCUUGUCUUUCUUAUCGCUUCCGAUCUCCACUUCUGCUACGCUGAGACCGUCGCCAUGGUGAGAAAGGCGGCCACCGAUGACCACCGAUCCUCCGCUUCGGCGGUCUCUUCUUCGAGGCCGGGUAAGUCCAAGGAAUCCGCCGCCGUCCCCAAGAAGGAGAAGAUCUCCGUCUCCGCCAUGCUUGCGUCCAUGGACAAGCCCAAACCCUCCUCCUCCGCCGCAUCCAAGAAGUCCAAGCCCAAACCCAAGCCUUCCUCCUACAUCGAUGGCAUCGAUCUGCCCCCCUCCGACGAUGAGGAGGAGGAGAUGGCCGAGGACGAGGUCGCCAAACGUAAAGCUCGAUCCGCUGUUACCGACCUCGCUGCCGCCACGUUCUCGGACAAGGAGCUCAAGAAGCGGGAGAAGAAGGACCUUCUUGUUGCGCAAGCGGCCGAGCUGGCGCGGCAGGAGGUCCUCAAGGACGACCAUGACGCCUUCACGGUGGUUCUUGGGGCCCGUGCCUCCGCCCUCGAUCCUGAUGGGCAGGACGCGGCGGCCGAUGCUAACGUUCGGGAUAUUACCAUCGAGAACUUCUCGGUUUCGGCUCGCGGUAAGGAACUGCUGAAGAACGCCUCUGUUAAAAUCUCCCACGGGAAAAGAUACGGCCUCGUCGGACCCAACGGGAUGGGGAAGUCCACUCUUUUAAAGCUUCUUGCUUGGAGGAAGAUACCCGUCCCACGGAAUAUUGAUGUGCUCCUCGUCGAGCAGGAGGUGGUUGGCGAUGACCGAACCGCCCUUGAGGCGGUCGUGUCCGCUAACGAGGAGCUCGUGAGGCUUCGCAAGGAGGUUGCCGCCCUGUCUGAGAAACCCGAAGGGGGAAAUAAUGAUGACGACGAUGAUAGCGGAGAAAAACUCGCCGAAUUGUACGACAGGUUGCAGAUUUUGGGCUCCGACGCUGCAGAGGCCCAGGCGUCGAAGAUCUUGGCUGGAUUGGGGUUCACCAAGGAGAUGCAGCGCCGGCCGACCAAGUCCUUCAGCGGAGGGUGGAGGAUGAGGAUAUCUUUGGCCAGAGCUCUUUUUGUGCAGCCGACCUUGUUACUUCUUGAUGAGCCUACUAACCAUCUUGAUCUCAGAGCAGUGCUUUGGCUUGAGGAGUACCUUUGCCGCUGGAAGAAGACGCUGGUCGUGGUGUCCCAUGACCGUGACUUUCUUAACACAGUUUGCAGUGAGAUCAUUCAUCUCCAUGAGCUGAAGCUCAAUGUCUACCGUGGGAACUUUGAUGAUUUCGAGAGUGGCUACGAGCAGAAACGCAAGGAAACAAACAAGAAGUAUGAGGUUUAUGAGAAGCAGAUGAAAGCUGCAAAGAAGACAGGCAGCAAGGCUAGGCAGGACAAGGUUGAUGAGCGGGCCAAGUUCGCUGCUGCCAAGGCGGCAAAGAGCAAAGCAAAGGGUAAGGUGGAAGAUGAUGAUGCACCCCCACCCGAGGUUCCCAAGCGGUGGAGAGAUUACAGUGUGGAGUUCCACUUCCCAGAGCCUACUGAGCUCACGCCACCACUUUUGCAGCUUAUUGAGGUCAGCUUCAGGUAUCCUAACAGGGAGGAUUUCAGGCUUUCUGAUGUUGAUGUGGGCAUUGAUAUGGGGACAAGGGUUGCCAUUGUGGGGCCUAAUGGUGCUGGAAAAUCUACUCUGCUCAAUUUGCUGGCAGGGGACUUGGUGCCCACUGAAGGAGAGGUGCGCAGGAGCCAAAAGCUGCGGAUUGGGAGGUAUUCCCAGCAUUUUGUUGACCUAUUGACAAUGGAUGAGAACGCAGUCCAGUAUCUCCUCCGUCUUCAUCCAGAGCAAGAAGGAUUUAGCAAGCAAGAGGCAGUGCGUGCUAAACUUGGGAAGUUUGGCCUCCCCAGCCACAAUCACCUCACACCUAUUGCCAAACUAUCGGGAGGCCAGAAGGCCCGAGUUGUUUUCACUUCUAUAUCAAUGUCUAAGCCUCAUAUUCUUCUGCUGGAUGAGCCCACAAAUCAUCUAGACAUGCAGAGUAUCGAUGCGUUGGCAGAUGCACUGCAGGAGUUCACUGGUGGUGUUGUUUUGGUGAGCCAUGAUGCUCGUUUAAUAUCACGUGUGUGCGAGGAUGAAGAGAACAGUGAGAUAUGGGUUGUGGAAGAAGGUACUGUAAGAAAAUUCCCUGGUAGUUUCGAGGAGUACAAGGAAGAUCUUCUGAAAGAAAUAAAAGCGGAGGUCGACGAGUAAAGGUAUACAUAGCUGAUUGGUGCUGCUCUGAAGUGAGUUAUCUACAAUUGGUUCCAUAUACGAUAGCCUAUUUCCAGCUUCAAACAUUUUAAAAUAAUAUCCUUUUGACAAUUUUGGCAGCAUUUCUCUUUGUUGUGUGAUAGUCAUUUAAACAGGUAAAAUUCUAAAAACAUAUGUACUACAUGGUUCCCAAGUCUGACUUUUUUGCUGUAGUACAUUGAGUGUUGUCUCUGUGGACAUGUUGCAGUUGUCCUUUAUUUGUGGAGUUUUAUCUUAUAUGCAAUUGAAGGCUAAGAAUAUAUAUGUCAGCUUGUUUGGUAAUCAUGUUUUAAGAGUGUCAAUACACUGGAUAAGAUUUGUGUACAAGUAAUUAAUUUUGCAAGUUGUGGUUUUGUCCAACUUUAUCCAUCGUAUCAUUUAAGACUUAAA